AAUGACCCCUUUAUAAAUUCGCCUUAAAAGCAUACAUCUGUAUUUAUUUUGGGAAAUUUUGAGAAAAAUAGUGUAAAAAACUAAAUUUUAUUAUCAAAAAUCUUAACAAAACAAAUUCAUACAUUAAAAAAAAUUGUAAAUUUAUACUAAAACAAGUAAAAUGGGUUGCGAUGGAGGUACUAUACCAAGACGUGAUGAGUUGGUGCGCCUUAAAAAGAAACCAGAACAGAAAGACAAAGAUGCUGAACGUGAAUUUCGUUGGCUACACUGUGCCCUAACGCAGCAACGAUUACAAGAACCUAUUGUUAUGUGCGGCCUAGGACGUUUGUAUUCUAAACAAAAUGUCAUUGAACAAUUAUUGGAAAAGGAUAAAAUGCCAGAAGCUGCAAAACACAUUAAAAACAUGAAGGAUAUUAAACAAUUGAAUUUAACAUCCAAUCCAGCAUUUACUGAGGAAGACAAAACAGAAGGUUUGCUAGACACCCGACAUGCUCCGUAUAUCUGCAAGUUAAUAGGUUUAGAAAUGUCGGGCAAAUUCCGUUUUGUGGCUUUAUGGUCUUGUGGUUGUGUUAUGUCCGAGCGUGCUUUAAAAGAAAUUAAAGGCAGCUCAGCGGGUACUUGUCCUAUCUGUCAACAAGUAUUUGCUGUGGAAGAUGUUAUAGUUUUAAAUGCCAGCGAUGAAGAUUUAGAAUUGAUGAAAGUUAAAAUGGAAAUGCGUCAGGCUAAAAAGAAAACUAGUAAGAAGGAUAAGAAAGAUAAGAAAUCAAAGGUCAAUGAAGCAGAAACGACAGAUACUAAAGAUGAAAUAUUGGAAACUAAUUUACCCUCAACCAGUAAAUCCGCUGCUGCAGAUUUAGCAAAUGGUUCACAAACUAAAGUAAAUGGUAUCUCAAGUUCAUUGUCGUCAUCAUCCCAAGCAGUUAAAACCAAAAUUAUUGCCAAUCCUAAACGUUUGGGUGUCACAUCGGGUGCUUUAGAGGAUCCUGAGAUUAAACGUUUGAAAACCGAUUAUAGUGUAGCCAAAGACCCCAAAGCUAGUGAUGUAUAUAAAUCAUUAUUUACUUCACAUAAGAGUGAACAGGAACAGACGCGGGCUCAUUGGGUUACUUAUAAUCCGUUUUAUAAUUAAAUUAUGGAAAUACAAAUAAAAAUAUAAUCAUUAAAAUCAGCGAAA